AUGGGUUUUUCAUUUUUGCACCUCGUGGAGGCCGUUGUGCUUGUUUUCAAUGCCAUGGGCAUUUUGAACGAGCGUCGCGUGCUGAAACCGCUCGGUCUUGACAAGCCUACGAACGUGAAUUCGAUAAAGAACCACAUUUCUGUGGUGUUUUUCACGGUUCGCACCUAUUUGCGUGCGUUUCUGAUCAUUUUUAAUUUGCUUCUGAUCUUCCUGGAGUUGGUGAUAGGAUAA